CACUGAGGGGCUGGAUGAUAAUCAGCAGCAGAAGCAGGCUGAGGAAGCAGCACUGAACACUGACAAACCCAUAAAGGAUCAAAUAUUACGACUUUUUUGGACCAUUUUUUAGAUUUUUCGCAAUCACAAUGUUUUCAAUAUCUCCUAAAACGUUCCUGCUGGUUCUGGUUUGUGCGUGUGCUGCGUCUGCUGCAGUGAAAAACGGCACUUUGAGAGCAAGGACCUUUGUCCUUUUUGACCCUACAGUCACAGAUGAACCACUAGACCUGGAAUCCAUUUUAUCAGAAUAUCAAGAUGGUGCCAAACUGAGUAAUUCUACAACUUUCCGGGUGCAUAAUGUCACUAGGUUGAGGAUUUCAGAGGAGGCGCUGCUGUUCCUCACAGGCCCCGUGUCCACAAUCCUCAUACCUUCCUUCUACACGCUGGUCUGCUGCCUCAGUGUUCCCAUUAAUAUCUGUGCGGUUCUGGCCUUCGCUCGGGGGAUCCGGCCCAAGAAACCAGCAGCGAUCUACAUGCUGAACCUAGCUUUUGCCGACCUGCUCUUUGCCUUGUUGCUCCCCUUCAAGAUCUCCUACCACUUUGAAGGCAACGACUGGAAAUUCGGUGCCUUCAUGUGCCGUGUGGUCACUGCUGCCUUCUACUGGAACAUGUACUGUUCUGUUCUGCUCAUAGCCUGUAUCAGUGUGGACCGGCUCCUCGCUGUAGUCUACCCCAUCAACUCCCUGGCGUGGAGGAGGCCAAGGAACACCAUCAUAGCCUGCGUGACCAUGUGGAUAUUAUCCUUCGCUGGCUCCGUGCCCCUCGUCCUCUCCAACCAGACUAUUUACCUUAGAGAGCUGAACAUCACCACCUGCCAUGACAUUCAGAGCUUUGAGAACAUCGCCUGGCUGAAGAUCUACUUCACCACCCUCUGCUGCACCCUCUUCUUCCUGCCUCUGGUCAUCACAGUGGUAUCCUACACUCAGGUGAUCUGGUCUCUGAGCAGAGUCUCAGUUCCUGGAAGCUCUCGCAGAAGAACCAGAGCAGUGGUGAUGGCCCUGACGGUGCUGGUGAUGUUUGUGUUGUGUUUCUUGCCCACAAACUGCCUCCUGCUGACACACUACCUGCAGUUUAAUAAAGAAGACCUGAAAAACCAGGAGACCCCCGAUGGUUCCUACGCUGUCUAUCUGAUGUUUCUGUGUUUGGGGAGUCUGAACUGCCUCCUGGAUCCUCUGGUUUACUACUUUGGAUCAUCCCAGUGCCAGAGACAACUGUCCAGCAUCCUGAGGUGUGAGAAGAUCACAGAGCGUGCCGGUAUCAGUCACUCAUCAUCUGAUUCGUGCAGAUCAAGCACCAGAACAAUUCUGAAAUCCAGCCGCACCAAUACCUCCACACUAAACAGUUCAGUUACCAAAAUGGACUCUUUACAGGCAAACCUCAGCAGCCAGUAUAAGAAGCUGCUGGUCUGAUUGGACAUUUAAUCAGGGGGAUUUUACUGACUCUUACCUGUGAUUUUAAACAUUUUAUUAUGAAGUUCUAGUACUUGCAAAUACAGAGCAUUUAGCUACAGAAGGGUUGAGCCUGUGGAGGGUGACUGAGCCUUUUGUGCCAACAGAAACGGACAAAUGUGUAAUGACAGACAUGCUGUCUGAGUGAUGAAUGAAGUAACGGACAAUACACGGAAGGAAGUUGAGAGCAGAUAAGAAUAUGCUUUCCAGAAGAACAUUCCACAUGAUGAAAUGCUUCUACUUUUGCACUGUGCAUGUAAGAGCUCACGAGUUAAUAUGUUACUUUAUAGAUAUUACAUUAAAGGAAAGAAACUACUUGCUAUUUUCUGUAGUUCUUCUUCAUAUGUUUUGCCGAUAAGCUUAUUUUCAAGCAUUUAAAUGUCUCAUGUGAAAAGCUGUCAAUCAUGUAUUUGUAUUUUUUCAUAAGUAUACUUUACUUUAGGUUUUUUUGUUGUUGUUGUUGCUUUCUUGUCUCUGAAUAAAUAUUUGUAACUGUCA